UGGCUCUGGGAUGGAUUUGCCGCGGCCCAGCUGAGACUCCGGGCCAGCCACCAUCUUAGAGGAGAGGAGCGGGCCGCGCAGCGGGACGGAGGGGUCUUGGGGCCGGGCCCUGCCGCACACAGGUACCGGUGAGACCCGAGCAAGGGUUUCCGGCCCGGAACCCAACGGGGAACCGAUGCCCGGUGUCCGGGGCGCCCCGACUAAACCCUGGCUCGGGGUGUCAGUGGGGGAAGGGACCAGCCUCUUCGCCUUCUCGCCCCCCCGUCCAUGAGUGAGGGUGGGGGCGGUGCCCAGCCUGCCUAGGUCGUCUUCCCCUGACCAGCCUCCCUCUCCGUGGGGGGAGACUCGCCGCCUUCCCCCACUGUCACCUGCGUGUGAGGGGGGAAGCCGUUCCUUCUGCCCCCGGGAUCCACUGGGUGGGGGCUUAGCUUCCCCUGCACAUCCACUUUUCGGGGGGGGGGGGGCUGUCUCCUCUCCCUCACCACCAGAGUACGGGGUGGGGAAUGGGGGCCUGUCUCUCUCUCCCCCACACCCUCAGAGUGGGGGGUGUGCGCGCGCGGAGGAAGGGAGGCUAUCUCCCGUGCCCCCAUCCCCAGAGUGGGUGGGGAGGGGGCGGAGGGCUGUCUCAUUCUCUCCCACCUGAUCCCCAGAGUUGGGUGGGUGUCUGCCGAGGAAGGGGGUUGCUCCUGUCCCUCUUCCCCAUUCCCGGAGUGGAGGAAUGGCGCCGGGGAAGGGGAACUGUUGUCUUUCUCUCCCCACAGCAAUGUGUGUGUUGGGGGGGAAGGGUCUCUUCCUUUGCCACCCAACUGUGGAGUGGGAAGUUUUUUGGGGGGGGGGGGGGGAAGGUCUCCUGUUUCUCUCCCCCCAUCCCUAGAGUGAGUGGGUGGAGGGGGAAGGAAACAGAACUGAACCCCUACCCUGGAAGCAUCUCUCUAGAAGUGCAGCAUUGUGCCUGUUCCCGAAUGUGUAAGGCUACCACAGUUAUGAGGGUGAGGAGUACUUCUGGACACUGUGCUGGACUUGAUCUCACCACUGCUGUGUAGUUGUCUACCCCGCUGCAAGCUGAUUUCUUUUGAUCUUCUAUUAAGAAGGAUUGGACAGAUACUGGGAACCCGCUCUACUAUUAUUUAUAUACAGAACAUUUUGAUGUCAUGGAGGUACUGUUUUCAAAAGGCCUGCACGUAACUGGCUGAAAAAAAAUGGUUCCACAAGAUGACAAUCUCAGCCCUAAUAUGGUCUAAAUGGAGACAGCUUUCAUCUUGACAAUGGCAGCUUGAAGUCUAUUAAAGUCCAAGCAUUUAUUUUGUUUUUAAAAAUUACUGUGCAGCCUGAAACACAGAAAACAAGAAACUGGCCAUAUAGGGGAAGUGGAGAUGAUAAAUACACACAUUGCUGUCAAAUGCACAAGAAAACUGAAAAGUAGGUUACAAAUGGUGUGGGUUUUUAUCAUGAACCGAAUGAGCUCCCAAAGCAGUUCCUCCACUCAGCGUAAGCGAAUGGCUCUUGGAAUUGUCAUUCUUCUACUUGUUGAUGUGAUAUGGGUUGCCUCCUCAGAACUCACUUCAUAUGUUUUUUCGAAGUACGAGAAACCUUUUUUCAGUACCUUUGCAAAAACGUCCAUGUUUGUUCUAUACCUCUUGGGAUUUAUUGUUUGGAAACCAUGGAGGCAACAGUGUACACGUGGGUUUCGUGGAAGGCACGCAGCUUUUUUUGCAGAUGCUGAAGGUUAUUUUGCUGCUUGUACAACAGAUAACACUGUAAACAGUUCUUUGAGUGAACCUUUGUAUGUUCCUGUAAAGUUUCAUGACUUACCAAGUGAAAAGAAUGGCAGUGCUAACAGUGAUACUGAAAAAACUCCCAAAAAGCCUCGUGUAAGGUUCAGUAAUGUUAUGGAGAUUCGACAACUCCCAUCAAGCCAUGCAUUGGAAGCAAAGUUGUCUCGCAUGUCAUAUCCAACUGUUAAGGAGCAGGAAUCAAUAUUAAAAACUGUAGGGAAACUCACUGCAACUCAAGUAGCAAAAAUCAGCUUUUUCUUUUGCUUUGUGUGGUUUUUGGCAAACUUCUCUUAUCAAGAAGCACUCUUAAAUGCACAAGUUGCCAUAGUUAAUAUCCUAUCUUCAACCUCUGGACUUUUUACCUUAAUCUUAGCUGCAGUGUUUCCAAGUAACAGUGGAGACCGGUUUACCCUUUCCAAACUGUUAGCUGUUGUUUUAAGCAUUGGCGGUGUAGUUCUUGUUAAUCUCUCUGGGUCUGAGAAAUCUCCAGGAAGAGGUACAAUAGGUUCCCUGUGGUCUCUUGUAGGAGCAGUGCUGUAUGCUGUCUAUAUAGUUAUGAUAAAAAGAAAAGUAGACAGAGAAGAUAAGCUUGAUAUACCAAUGUUCUUUGGUUUUGUAGGCCUCUUUAAUCUGCUGCUGCUUUGGCCAGGUUUCUUCCUACUUCAUUAUACUGGAUUCGAGGCCUUUGAAUUUCCCAAUAAAUUGGUAUUGAUGUGCAUUGUCAUUAAUGGCCUUAUUGGAACAGUUCUGUCAGAAUUCCUCUGGCUGUGGGGCUGCUUUCUUACCUCAUCACUGAUAGGCACACUUGCGCUAAGCCUUACAAUACCUCUGUCCAUAAUAGCUGACAUGUGCAUGCAGAAGGUGCAGUUUUCCUGGUUAUUUUUUGCAGGGGCAAUCCAUGUAUUUUUCUCAUUUUUCAUUGCAACUUGCUUAUGCCAUUACAACAACUGGGAUCCAGUGAUGGUAGGAAUCAGAAGAAUGUUUGCCUUUAUCUGCAGAAAGCAUCGAAUUCAGAGAAUGCCAGAGGAAAGUGAGCAGUGUGAAAGCCUCAUCCCUAUGCAUAGUGUUUCUCAAGAAGGAGAAAGCUGCUGUUCAUAGGCAAUAGUUUAAAGAUGGAUUCAUACUCAGCAAAGAGACAAUCUCCUGGAAAGUCCAUAAGGAACCGUAUUUCAGUGCCUAUUCUACAUUUGGAAAAAAAGUUUCAGUUCUUUUGAAACUCCUAAACUUUUAUUUUCCCAUAAUUGCCUGUCUUCAUCUAGUUCUAUCAACGAACAACUUCAAUAUGUGCAUAUCACUACAACUAUAGGAAAUCCCAGUCCAUCUAAACUACCAACCUGCCUUAUAGAACUCAACUUGAAAUUACUUGACAUAAUCAAGAAAGCAAAUGCUGGUCUGGUGAUUUAUUUUUGUUUUUGUUUUCACAUUUUUGUUAAAUGCUGGACAACAAGUUGUUCAAAAAUUACUUUAAAAAAUGAAUACGUUAAUAAGUCUGCAGGUUGUCAUUUCUUACAGGCUUUCAGAUAAAAAAGCUAAAUAUGUAGGUUACUUGUAAUAGGUACGGAUUAACAUUUUUGUUCUAUAAAGUCUAUUUGCAUAUUAACACAUAAAAUUAGAAAAAUAUCUUAAUUUAUUAAAUAAGUACAUUUUUGCAACUAUCAGAGCAAGACGUAUGCAAGUUUCUGGAACACUACGUAUAUUGCUUUAUCCCAUUUUAAAAAACCUUGUAAUAGGAAAGGGUGCUUUGUGUUUAAAAAUCUGUUAUGACCUAACAAUCUGAAACUUUUAAAGAAGUGUGUAUAAAAAGGUUAUGUAUUUUUAAAUUUGGCUGGACAAGCACUUGAUGUAAACGUUCAUAAUUCAGAAUCAGUCUCUUUUUGAGAACUUAAUAGUCAAAAUUAUUUAAUAUGUAAAAUUGUAAAUAAUUCCAAGAUGCCAUGUGUGCAGCUGCUUAUUUGAGGGGGGAAAACAUCAAGUAGAAUUCUAAAUUUUGUAGUUAUUAUCUUGUCUCAACUGAAAUCUUCCAAGCAAUUAUAAAGCUAGAGAUAAUCAAGUUGACUUCGUUUUCCUAAUGAAAUUAUUGUGUAAUGGCUAACUUUCACUGUGACCUGAGUUUUCUUCCCUACUGCAAUGCUGCUGUUCUGUUUGAUGCUGCAAGGUAAUGAAUUAAUAAAUAUAUUCACAAGAAUCCUGCCAAUAGUCAUUGCCCUCUUCAAAAAGUAAAAUUUGGUAACUUUGGCCCAGGGGUAUUAUUUACUAAUUCAUUGUCUUUUAGUGAAUUGUAAUGCUUAUAAAGAGUACAGAUGGACUUUCAGUCAAGGUGACUAAAUCCUCCAGAUACCUACAAAACCUACAGUAACAUUGCAAGCUUUCUCCUGCUGCUCUGCAAUUUGUCUCAACCCUGUUCUGGAGGAACUGAUGUUUUUCUAGGGAUAAAUGUCCAUUCAGUCUUUGAUCUCUAUAUUACUCCCACCAAUAAGGAUACUAAUUGUGGAAAUGGUGGUGGUGAUUUGGUGAUGUAAAGAAAAAACUAGUCUAACUAGACUGUAUUAAGACCACAGACUUGGAUAAAUGUUUAGAAGGAUUAGAUUUUAAUUUAUUCAAUCCCCCAAUCAGUAGAUGUAGGGAGAAGUCCAUUGUUAAUUGAAAUUUAUAGAGGGUAAGUUAAAACAUAGGCUAUUGCACUUGCAGGCAAAUAUUUAUUUCUUUGUUCAUUUUUAUCAAAUACAAAUAUUUUUCUGAAUUUUAUAUCAACGAUUGGUCACUAAACUAUGAACAAAAUUUAUCUGAGGCCAACCUUUUUCAAAGUAGGGCCAUGAAGAUAGGACCUGAGGUUGGGAUUUUCAAAAGAUUUAUAAGCACAGUCCCAUUUGAAGUCACUUAGAUACUUUCAAAAAUCCCAUUUUUUUUUUUUUUUGGUCCCAAGUCCAUAUUUAGUCACCUGUCCUUUAUACUCCUAUUUUUGAACGCUUAAGCCAGAGUUCCUGAUCUCUUGCAGAAAUGGAGGUCAAUAAAAAUUGGAAAGAAAUACUGAUGAUGUACAUCAAACUGAAUGAAAAAUAACGUUCAGUUCUACCAAACUGCAUUAGUUUUAAACAGUCUUAACUAAAAGUGAAUGUCUCUGUCUGUCGAUUACUUCAGCCGUCAACUACCCAUGAGAAGACAGGAACUUUAAAUGCCGCAGUUGAACUAUUUUUAUAUCUGAUCAUGGGUAGAAUUUUUUGGCUGUUUGGCAAGAAGAGAAUUCUCCUGAUAAGGUUAAAAAUGGUUUUUAGGGAGCAAGGUAACUCCGGAGAAUUUAAGCGGAAUCCUUACUAAGAAAAGCCAUUAAUUAAGGCAUAGUGGCAAUGGAAUGCAAAUAGUUGUUCCCUUAAAUAAUGAUUACAUCUUCAGUUAAUAUUUGGCUUCUGUCAAGUUUGCCUAAUUAAUGCUCAACACUAAAUCAUGUUCUCUAUAGUAGCGAGAAGGGUAAGGAUUGUGGCAUCUGCAGAGAUAAGCUUAGCAAAGCUAAUUUUGCUUUCCAACAGGCGUAUUGCCCUGUUUUCAGAAGAAAACUAAGGUUCACUUUUGAAAUCGAUUGCCCAUGACCCAUAGUUGUUGUUGUACUGGGCUGUAACAUAUAACUGUGGACCAGAAUCCUUAUUUAACAUUACAAAACAUGACAAAGAUGUGUAAUCUAUCAUCAAAUCCUUGGUUAGUUUAUAGAGUUUUACAUAGCAGUUUUAAAUUGUGUAGAGAAAUACAUUGUGCUGGAAAAAAUGAACAUUAAUACAUAGAACAUCUUAUCUCUAUGCCUCCGAAGGACAUUCAAAUAACUAUAUGUUUAAACAAUUCAGAUGCUGGGACCUCCUCACUAAUUUUAAAAAAAAAUAUAUAUAUAUAUUUAUAUUUAUAUAUAUAUAAAUAAAUAUUUUGAGAAAUCA